AUGUGUUCUGACAAGUACAAUAUCCACACUGUGCUCUUUACAGGAAAAUCGACUCGACCCUCGACAAACAGCUCAAUCUCAUCGUAUGACGAGGAUUGCGCUUUUGGAAAUCGAUUGAAACGCGAGUUUUGGUUCACGAUUCCGAGAAAUAAAGCUGAUUCGAUAUACGGCUUUCUCUUGCAGUGGUCUCCCGAGAAAUACGGACAGCGAACUCUCGGCAAAAAUAUCAACGAUCAAUUGGGGAAUGUCGGGAAAUCGUGUGAAAUUGUUUCCUUUCACGAAUUUGAUCUUCUUCAAAACAAACACUCGGAUCUCACCGGAUUCAUCGAGACCUAUUUGAGGGAAAUUCGGCCGUUUCAUUCAAAAUUCGUCCUCAAACAGAAAGCAUUCGCCGAUUUUCACCUGACCGCCGAUUAUUCUCCGGGUAGUUGUCCA